AGGAGGAGGAGGAGGGAGGAGUGAUUUUUGAUUCUUUGAUUUUAAAUGACUUAAUGAAUCUGAAUCAAACAGAACCAGGAAGUGCUCGGACUGCCCCGCCCCCAGCCCCGCCUCCAUUGUCCUCCAUGUUGUGUCCCGCCUCCUGCCUCCCCCUCCUCAGGGAGUUCGCUCAGUGGCGCUGCCUCCUGGGCUGGCCACGCCCCCACGGAGUCACCUCGGCUAGCGCCGCCGGGCUAACCGCUAACACCAGCCAGCAGCAGGGGUCAGAGGUCAGGGGCGGAGCUCAAGGGGGCGGAGCUCCUCCACCUGUUGGACACAUCAUACCUCAGCAGUACUCGUCCUCCAUGUGUCCACUGUCUGUCCACCAGACCCCGAAGUCUGACCGGGACGAGGACGUUGAGCUGAGGCUGUCCCUCUGUCCAUGUCCCGGGGCUACCUGCACGUGGGUCGGCUCUCUGGAGUCCAUCAUGCCUCACCUGAAAGACUCCCACAAGUCCAUCACCACGCUGCAGGGGGAAGACAUCGUCUUCCUGGUGAUGGACAUCGACCGCCCCGGCUCGGUGGUCUGGCUGAUGAUGCAGUCGUGCUUCAGUCACCACUUCCUGCUGGUGGUGGAGAAGCAGCAGAGGUUCCAGGACCAUCAGCAGUUCUUCGCCGUCGUGCUGCUCAUCGGGACACGGAAGCAGACCGAGACCUUCGCCUAUCGGCUGGAGCUCCACAGAGACCGGCGCCGGCUCAGCUGGGAGGCCAGGCCCCGCCCUGUCCAUGGUGGGGCGGCGGCCGCCAUCAUGGACAGCGACUGCCUGGUGUUGGACGCCUCCACCGCCCACCUGUUCACCCACAACGGGAACCUGGAGAUCAACGUCACCAUCUCCAUGUGCUGAGGGUCUGGGUCCAGGUCUGGUUCUGGUUCUGAGGACAGAGACUCCUGCUGAGUUCAGGAAAUGACAUCUGAGACAAACCUCCUCCCUCCGUGAGGACAGGUUGACCACGUCCUUCUACGCCGAGACCCUGGAGACUGAACGGAGACCGAACUGAUCCGGGUCUCAUUGCACCACAGCAGCUGAUUUCAAGUUCAGUCUGAGGGUUGGUGGUUUGAAUCCCUGAGCUGGGGGGACCAGAGAGUCCCUGGAGGCCGGCUAGGGCCCAGGCUUCAUAAUCGACUAUCAACAGAUUAUUUUUGAGAUUUGUCAACUAAUCAGAUCUUACGUAAAUUGUAGCUUUAAGGCACCAGCAUGCAUGUUGUUGCCAUGGUAGCGUAUUUAUUUAGCACCGUAACGUAGCACUGACAUUAGCAUCACGGCAUGUCAUGUUAUAAUGUUACAUAGCCUGUGUGCUAAGGCUAAUACAGUCGUCAUCAUUAGCCUGAAGCUAAUGUUAACGUGUACAGCUGUAAGCUGUAGCUUUACCAUUACUAAACAUGUGAUAACGAUAAACGAUGGCGUCGAUUAUUAAGUUAGUCUUAGAUGAUUGUGAAAGACGUAAUCAUGACUAGUCGACUAAUCUUGGCCUCAUGUUUCUGUUCUCUGUAACCAGGAAACAGGGACGUUAAUGUUUUUAAAUACUCUGUGGAAUUACAGGUAAAUAAAUGCAACAUUCGAGGAAGUUAGAAGUUGUCUCCGUCCCUGGAGACAAUCCGAGACACACCUGUGGAAUUAUUUCUUCCGGUUAGCUAAUAGUACCUCCUCCUAGCUUCCUAGCUAAUAGCAGCUGCUUCUAGCCUGUUAGCUAAUAGUACCUCCUCCUAGUCUGUUAGCUAAUAGUAGCUCCUCCUAGUCUGUUAGCUAAUAGUACCUCCUCCUAGCCUCCCAGCUAACAGUACCUCCUGGUGGUCUAUGGACUGACUGUGGUGGAGCCUCUAGUGGAUGUUAGAGGAAUUGCAGCCAUUUUCUGAUUGUAAUAAAAUAUCUUUAUGUCUAACUCAACAGCAGACGUGUAGUAAUGAGACACAGGUGAGGACAUUCCUUGGUUUUAUUACAAAACUUAUAUAAAACAAACCAACACGAAGGUUGUGGUGUAAUAACAGCUGCAGCCACUGGGGGCGAUCAAUUAAAAAAACAACCGAGACAA